AUGUACUCGGUUUUCACGCGUUCUAUUCGCUUGCUCUGGAAGAUUUUAUUUUAGAGUUUUUCCACCAAUAAGAAAAAAUAGUUUAGUACUGAUUACGUAAAGCAAUAGUGAGGGAAAUAAGCCGGCUGUUUAGCCAAUAGGAGUCGUAGGAAACUCCCUCUGUUCCGUUGCAAAUGCUCACUAACCUGAUCUUUCCAUCUUUUCUUUACCGUGUGGUUGAUUGUAAAAUUCUCAAUUUAUUGUUAAUAUCUAAUUAAAAGGAAAGAAAAGAAUUAUUCAAAUUAUAUUAAAAAAUAUUAGUAAAUCAUGGCUACAAGUUUAAGACUACUUAGGCUUAAUUUGCCCUUUAUGUUCAAUUCUACGUUAAGAAAUACUGUAAGCGGUACUUUCUCAUUGGGAAUAAACCGUUUUAUUUUUACAAAUAAAACAAUUGGUAUGAACAAUUAUGAAUAUGUAAGAACACAAGUACAUCAACAAUUUAUAAAUGUAGAAGAUUCAUUUCGUCAAAAAAUGAAAGAAAUUGUUGAAGAUGAAAAUAGUGUAGUUUUUACUGAAGACUUAAAAGCUAUGUCUCACUUGGUAACUAGUAAUCCUGACGAUAUAGAUUUAUUUGUUAAAAUGAUAUAUAAAUUCAACUCUCAAAGUAGUAACCUAAGGUUUGGUAACUACUCAUUUGGUCCUGUAAUAAUGAGAGCUUUUAACUAUGUGGGCAAACCAGAUGUAGCAUUAUCUACAUUUCUCGACCCAAAACUAUCUUCAUUUUUUGAUCAAAGCACGACUUAUUCAGUUUUAGUAACAUUAUUGUAUAACAAUAAAAUGUACAGUGAAGUACGUCAAGUAUUUGAGUUAUUUAAGUCUAGAUGUGUGGAUUUUCAAAAUAUUCCAAGAAUUCCAGUUAUUGUUAACGCUGCUGCUGCUUAUCAAGAGAAUACUCCAGAAUCGUUCAAUUAUUUAUUGAACACUUGGAAAGAAUUAAGUCAACGUAACUUCCCACCGAUGCGUAGAUUUAUAACAUUCUUGGCAAGCUUGGCAUUAAAACAAGAUUCUCCACAAAUAACUUUAGAAUUAAUGUCUUUAAUAAGAACACGUUACAUCGAUAAUAGAUGUUUGAAAAUUCUUGCAUACUGCAGACUUAAUAGGUUAAAUGAUGUUGCUUUCAUAUUGAAAAAUUCACUCGAAGGAACUUACUCUGUUAAAGAAACAUAUUUUUCAGAUGUUAUUGAAGAGGUUGAAAAACAUUUGGACAAUGCAAAUGAUGAACUUAAAUCUAUAUUAACAAAAAUAAUUACUCUUCUGAGAGAACAAGGACACGUAGAAGAGAUGACAUUGGAAGCUCAUAUACUUAGUCCAAUGGAAUAUUUAUUCCCAAAACGUUCUAAAAAUCUGAUUAAUGAUCGUGCUAACGAAAACAAUAGAAAUGAACAAUUUAGACAACCACAACGUAAAAGGAUAGUUGGCUUAAAGGACCUUAUUUAAUUACUAAUAUCUUUUUCCAAUUCAUUGUAAUGUAUCUAUCCAUGUAUUUAUGAUAUAAUUAUAAUUAUAUGAUCCCAUCUUUAAAGUUAUAACAAAUUCACGUUAUUUUAUCAAUUGUAAUUAUUUAUCAUUAUACUAAUAGUACAUAAUGUCUUUUUAUAAUUUGUGCAUUUCAGAGGAAAGUUUUGUAAGAGCACAUGUUAUAACUAUUAAAAGAUCAAACUUAGAUACAAAUUAUAUGUUUAUUGUAAUUUGCAUUGUUUUUUAACGUGUAUUUAAUGUAAAAAAUCAAAAAUUUCUGAUCGUCCUCACAAUCAACCAUGCACGGAAAAACAUUAUCAAGUAUUAUUUCUUUUCUUGUAGUAAACUGUAAUUUUGUAUUUAAAUACAAAUAAAAAGUUAUAAAUAAA